UACGAGACUUUGAAGGUACGUACGGGGCAUGCGUGAGCUGCGACUGUCGCAGCAGGUCAUGCUUGUUACUAAGGAGGAGGCCGAUCGCCGCACAGAGGAGAGAGUACCCGCAGGGGAAACGGUUGAGGAGAAGAGGGUCAGAGUGGAGAGACGCUGGGAGGAGAUUGGGCAGGAGAGGCAGAGAUUGGAAGAGGCAGGAGUGCUCUCAAAUCCACCCCCGCCCUACAGGCCGUAUGGACUCAGGGAGAUGUGGGAAGAGUCCUUGGAGCAAUACAGCAAGAGUUUAACGGCUCCAGACAGGGCAGAAAUCGGGACCUCAAGGAAGGCAGAUGAGUACUUGGACCGGAGGAUCCGCUCCCUAUCCAAGACCUCCUUUGACAUAUAUAUGAUGUUGGAGGCAGAUCUGAGAGGAAAGAAGUUGAGAGAGACAGGUAUUGAGGCACGAUUGGAGGCCGUCGAGGCAGAGGUCCGCGAGCUCAGAACUUUGGUGGCUAGUCAGGCUGCUAUUAUUCAGUAUUUGAGGCAGCAGCGUCGAAGCGACGUGGAUGGGGCAGAAAGCAGCAGGCAGAGAGGGCAGAGGCAGCCAGGACGUGACUUAUCAGAGCGGCCAUCCACGGCUAAUCCUCGGCAAGAAGGACCCAUGGGGAGAGUCAUUUUGGAACCUGAGGAGGCGAAGGCCAAGAGGGAUGCAGAGAGGGAAGCCUUCGAGUUCAGAGCCCCUACGGAACUUGCUAUACUGCCCCCAGUAACGACAGGUCCCACCACGUCACCCUCAGUUGAGGAGGGACUGCCGGCAGCAAGUGGCGAGCCAGUCCAAGGCUUAACAGAGGGAGCUAUGGAUGUGCUGCUUGAGGCGGUACACACUAUGCAGGAGGGCGCGAGGUUAUUUUCGCCAGAGCCCAGGAUAGAGGAGUCUCCCGAGAGUGAGAUGGGAGGGGCAAUGGAAGGCAUCAUCGAAGGCAGGCCCCAAAGAUUGGACACUCCUCAGUAUAUGCCAGAGGAAGUUGGGACGCGAUCAGGGCCUGGUCCUCGAGAGUCGGAGACUGGACCGGAGGAACCCAUGGACAGGCCUCAGAGUUAUGAGUUGGAGAGAGAGGCCAGUGAGGCUCCAUCAUCGCCAGGGCCCCAGUGAAAGAAGAAGAGGCCGAGAAAGUCAUUUGACUCGACCUGUUUCUUCUGCACGAAGGGGGAGCACCGGGCUCUGCAGUGUCCCAAGUUU